AUGUAUUCUUGUAUUUCAAUAAAAAAUGAAUUAUGUUUUUGGCAUUAAAAAACUUAAACUUGUAAAGCAAUAAUAAAUUUAAAGAAUAAGAUUGCUAAAUAAGAAGAACUUAUUCAGACUACUUGUUAAAUAAUAGGACGUACUCCAACAUCUUGUUCUCUAUUGAAUUUUUAAAUGCCUUGUGGGGGAUCUUAAGUAGGUUGUGAUUAUGUUAAUUUAGAGACAGCUUAAUGCAAUUAAGUAGGUUUAAAUAAAUAUGCAUGUCUAAAUUUAACUAGUUAAUCAUGUAAAUGGGUUUUAAAUUAAAAACUUAAUAUUUAUUAAUGUUAAGAAUAUACUCCUUUUGGUUUAUGUUCUGAAUAACCAUAAUAAGUAAAUGCAUUAGUAUGUUCUUUGGUUGGUCAUAAUGAUCCAUGUACUUAUAAUAAAUUUUCAAAUUCAUGUUAAUGGCCAUUAGAAUAGGAAGAAAGCUGUGAUAUGAUUGGAUUAAAUUAAUAUGGUUGUGCUUAGAUUGAAAAUUGUGUAUUUUUUAAUGGAAAAUGUAUAAAAUUCAAUGAAGAUUUAAAUUUGAAUUGUAAAGAUGCAGAUAAAGCUCAUUAUAAGGUUUGUGCAUAAAUAAAAAGAGAUUAAUGUAAGUAUAGUGAAUUAAAAAAAGGAUGUAUAUCUACUGAUUUAUUUGAUGGAUGUUAAGCGAAAGGCAUAAAUUAAUUAGGAUGUAAUGCAAAAGAUCCAAUGUGUUCUUGGGUUGAGAACAAUUGUGAGUGUGUAAAAUUAUUAAAAGAGAAAAUACCUUGUUAUCAAAUUUAAAAUCAUUAUGAUUGUUAAUAAAGGAAUGAUUGUUAUUAUGUUAAUUCUUAUAAAUCAAAUAUUGAUACAGAUGUAAUAAAAUUAGGAAAUUAAGGUAGAUGCAAAGAAAAGUAAUGUAGUGAUAGGAGUAAAAGUGAAUGUGAAGGUUAAAUAGUUUAUGGACAUAUUUGUUAUUUAGAUAAGUAAGGUAUAUGUUAAUCAGCUCAUGAUUGCAAGGAUAUUAAAAAUGCUGUAUAAUAAUGUUCAAAUUAUUUAAUAAAAGGUAGUCCUUGUAUGGAGAAUAUAAAUAAUGUUGGUGAAUGUGAAAUAUUAAAGAAUUGUUAAUAAUUAGAUAUGAUUAAUUGUUAAAGGAAUCUAGAUUAUUGUAUUUAUAAUAGUGAUAAAUGUAUGAAUAAACAAUGUAUAAAUUAUAUGGAUGAGAAUAAUUGUCCUAAAUUAAAUUGUUAUUGGAAUUAUAUUAAGAAAAGAUGUUUAGAACAAAUUAGUUGUGAAUUAAAUGAAUCAGAAAAAGUUUGUAAUGAAAGCCAUAAUGGAAAUUAAAAAUGUGGAUGGUUUAAAUUAGAUGGAUAUUAACAUGUUUGUACAUCUGGAUGUAGAUAUCUAUAUUAAGCUCAUGUUAAUUGUUAGGGUACUCAAAUUAGAGAUUCUGUUUGUAUUAAUUAUAAAGAUGUUUGUAUUCAAUGUGAAGAAAUUACAGAUUCAUGUCUUUGUUUGGAAUAAUAGGAAUAUUGUACUUAUGAUAUUAAUAGAAAUAUAUGUUAAUCUAAUGGAUGUUAAAAUUACAAUUAGGAUACUUGUCCUACUUCAAGAUGUUAUUUUAAUUUAAAUAAAAAUGUAAUUAAUUUUAAUUUAUUCAUAGAUUUGCAUACAAUAAUGUAGAUUCAGAUACAAUAAUUAGGAAUGUGAACUAUUGAAUGAUUGCUAUUGGGAUUAUAUAGAAAACUAAUGUCUUGAAUAUUACAAAAGUCCUUAACCUACAGUAGUAAAUCCUUCAAUUAUUCCAAUAGAAGAAUUAUUAAUCAAAGCUCUUUUAGUAAUAAGUUUAUUAGUAAUAAUAUGA